GGGUCGAGUAAUGAUGGCGACGAAUUUGUACGGCAGCAAAGAACCUUUUUCGCGUUUUUAACGAAGUCUCCUCGACGGAUUAACCCUUAUCUUCAAAUUUCGACUAUUUUUGAAAUAUUUCGCUUAGAGAUUCUUGUUUGUGGCGGCAAAAAAUGUUUAAGCAUGAGUUUCAAGGUGGCUCUUACGUGGAAGUUUUCAGUGCUCAAGGACGAGACCCGGUCGCAAAAUGGAGGCUGAGUGGAAGUGCUUCAACCAAAAACAAAGUUUACGAUAAGGACGUAAAGAGUUUUGUUUACAUUUUGGAGGGCGAGACAACCACAACGAAAAUGAGCUUACCUAAAGACGAGAAGCAAUCGUUAGGACUUACACAGCGGUAUUUGGUUUUGCAAUUAUAUGUGCCACUGGGGCACUCGUUUUCUUUAGAGUUUGGUGUUUCAGACAGCUCUGGAAACAACAAACGUCGCAUUCUGCUCUCCUCAAAUCACAGAGAAAUCACGAUAACACAACUUCACGCGCGAUUUCCCCUUAACAUCCUUCGCCUUGGUGUCUGGUUAAAUCUUUGUUUUGAUCUACGAUCACUGGUAGGAGAAACGUUCAAGGGAGAGUCUUUUAAUGCUCUGGAAAACUUGACAAUUUCUGCGAGUUGUCGUUUAAGGAAAAUCUUCACAAUGAAGUUGCAACCGUUAGAUACUACGGACGACGAUGAACUCUACAAUUGCGAGAAUACAAACAGCGGAGAGUCAGACAAUAUACCCAAAUCACUUCAGCUCUCGACUUCACCAGACAUCCUUUAUUACACACAGGUCAUCAAUAUGACCAAGAUAUUACAGGCAGAAAUCAAAGCAAGAGAGAGAGCUGGCCUCCCUCCGCCUUCAACACCAAUCCUUACUGAAGCUGAUGUGUCAGGACACAAACCAGAAGAACAACCCACGCAUAUUGCAUUUGGCUCAAAAGUUGUUAUUCCUAAACAUGCAAGAAAGUCUUCUCGUGAAGGAGGAGCAUCUUCUGCAGGUGGCCGAUCUUCUUCAGGAUUAAAUCACAGUGGCUCAAUCCUUCAGUUAACAUCUGUUUCACCCGCGCUUGAGCCUGAAAGUGGACGUGAAAGUAGUGGACUAACUCAUAGACUUCCAUACCAGAGGUCCUUAUCAGAUGCUACUUAUUUUCAAUCAGAAUCUUCCAGUAGCCAGUUAGAGGUGGAAGCUACUCAAACAACAAUGCAACCCAGACCACCAAGAACUGGCUCAGGUGGGAAGACGCGGAGAAGGCCAUUGAGAAUCAAACAUCCUGGAAGUUCCAAAGUUCGCAAUGGGGAUAACACAAAUAAUACUGACAAGGAUAACACAAGCAAUACUGUUAAGAAUGGUGUGAAUGGUUCCUCCACUUCAAAGGACAAUGUCUCUGAUGAUCAGGAGUCUAUUUCUAGAUCACAAAGUGAGAAUUCACUGAAGAUGUCAGGCGAUGAUAGUAGCCUAGCAGCAAGCUUUAAAAAACUGUCAAUAAAAAUUCCUGAUAGGGAUCAAAAUGGCAAUGCCAAUACUGAUCCUGCUAAUUCACAAGAACAGACAGCACCGACGACAAAAAUUGAAAAAGAGUCUCUUUUCACUUUCUCAUCUAGACCUAGAUCCGCACCCAGAUCACCUCGGGGUCGACCACGUAAAACUUCAGAUUAUAUUCCAGGUAUGACACCUGCUGAAGAAAAGCCAGAGAUUAAAAUUUCAUUACAAGAAUCUGUGGAUUCUAAAGACCUAACAAAUAAAUCACAGAAUCGAUUGCGCAAAGGCAGUGAUAGAUCAGAGUAUGAUGAUGACUUCUACAAAGCUUCUGGAGAAAGUUCAGCUGAGGAAGAUGAUUUACAGAACUUUUUGAAAGCAAGUGGAAAUUCAAGGUGCAGCUCAAGAGGAUCAAAAUUGAGCCCUCUGGAAAGUCCAUUACCAAGCCCUGAGCCUGAUCCUUUGUCAAAUUCACAGAUCUUGAGAAUGAGUAUCAGAAGUAGCUUGUUGAAGGAGAUUCCUUCACCACGCAAAAGCAAUGCAAAGCCAUAUGAUGCAAGGAAUUACCAAUCUGAUGCAAACUCGUGGCGGAAUGUUCAAUCAGAUGCAAGUUCUUGGCGAUUUGACACAUCUGCCAUGAGUAACAACAUGUUAGACAAAUCCUUGGAUAGAUCAUUUAACAGCUCUUUUGGACAUGAUAGUGGAAUAUUUAGAGAACACUUGAAUAGUAGUGGAACUGGUUCUGAAGACAUCAUUGUUAAUGAUGGAGGGGAUUCCCUUAGUGAUUCUAGUGAUGAUACAACAUACAGUACAUGGAAAGGACCACCUCCCCCUGACAGGAGGAUACACCGCUAUUUAGAUGAAAUGAGGCACCCAGGACCAGAGCCAGAUCUUACAGCCACAUUACCGAUGGAUCCAAGAGAGUAUUCGAAUGCAUUCAGUCCACCAAUUGUACUACCCAGUCAAAAACGGAGCACUGCUGGCCAACAGGAGGCUCUUUCAGCUGCCCUAUCACCACCAAGAAGUCGUAAUCCAAGCUGUAGCAUGGACCACAACACAGCAGAUGAAGAGGAGUUGGAUUUACUUUAUGAUCCAUGUUUGAACUGUUACUUUGAUCCCAGAACUCACAAGUAUUAUGAACUGGCAUAGGACAACAACUGACUGCUCAACUGAACAUUUAAUGUACAUGUAGUUCAUUCUGGGUCGUUUUGUGAAGCAGUAAAACUAGUUACGGUGUUGAAGACAGAUAACAUAUCUACCCCAGUUAUAACCGACUGCCUUGAAGCAGAAUCCCGCACAAUGGUGGCGGUCAUCUUGUAGGCAGUAAAUUAAAGCUUGACGUUUUCAAACGGCAAAAAGCCAAACAGCAAGCGAUCCUCAAAUCAACCCUACAUGAAAAUAGCACAACACAUCUCUUGUUCUGUGCCAAUCCAAAUGUUUGCGUUUUCGAAACAAAGGCAAGCGGUUCUUGAUCGUAGUUGAUACACUCCUAGUGAGGUGUUGUCGUUUUUCUUGCAAUACAGUCUCUUCUAUUGUGGUGUAUCCACAAGGACGUGCAUAGAUCAUGAGAAAACUGCAAUACUUCAUUGUUGCUUUCGUAUUAGUGUACAAUCAGCUGAUAGCAAACGUCGAGAUGUUCAACAUUUUCCAGUAUGCCGUAACAUCACAACGCCCUCCAAAUUGAUAAUUACAGCAAUACAGCUUAUUUUCGCGGGCGUAAAUAUGUUUUGGGCCCUUCUCAGAGUCAUUUUAAACCUCGUUAGAUGGCUCGGGCUAAAAUGACACGUGAGUCGGGACCCUAAACAUAUUUAUGCCCGUGAACAUAAGCUAUUUUCUUUUUAUUAGUUGCCUUGUGUGAAAAUGAAGUACCAGGUGCCUUAUUGUUCAGUAAACUAGUAAAACUAGUUUCUCAAAUUAUUCUAUUUAUUAUGUUUUACAUACGAUUAUGUAUUUGUCAAUGCUCAUAUCAACUUGGUACAAGAUCAUUCAUAUUGUAAAUACUUAUAAGUGUGAUGUGAUUUUCCUGUGCAUUUGUCCAUUUUGAAGUGAGUUAUCUUUGACUGUGUGAGUUUCUUAUUGUGGAUUGUCAUCACAAACAACUUGCCGGUCAUUUUCCUCUCUGUCCUUCGGCAGGGUUUGUGAAAUAAGUGAGAAAAUGAUUUCAAUAAAAUUCAGUUGCUCUCUUUUGUGAAAGA